AUGCCAUCCAAGUCUCCAGCGCAGACACUGCUCGAGAAGGCCGACAAGAAGGCCAAUUCAUCUUCUGGCUGGUUCUCCUCGUCGUCGACCAAGUACGAGGAGGCCGGCGAUCUGUAUCAGCAGGCCGCCAAUGCCUUCAAGAUCGACAAGCUGUUCCGGGAAGCAGGAGACGCACAUGCCAGGGAGGCCGAGUGCAGAGAGAAGUGCCAGGAGACGACCGAGGCCGCUAACGCCUGGUGGAACGCAGCCAAGGCGUACAAGAGAGGACAGCCCGAGCUCGCUAUACAGGCGUUGUCCCAGACGAUCACCCAUCUUACACGCGGCGGCCGCUUCCGCCAGGCUGCAGAUCGAGAGAAAGAGAUCGGUCAGAUCUACCUCACAGAGCUGAACGACUUGCGCAAAGCCUGUGAUAGUUUCGAGCGGGCGGCAGAGUGGUAUUCGCAAGAGGACGCUCAAGCGACUGCAAACGCUUGCUACAAAGAUGCGGCUGACCUCCACGCCGAGUUGGAGGAGUAUCCUCAGGCGAUCGCUCGAUACGAGCAAGUGGCAAAUGGCUCCUUGAGCUCUGCUCUCACGAAGUACAGUGUGAAGGAGUACUGGCUCAGGGCCAGUCUAUGCGCUCUUGCCAUGAGUGACACUGUCACAGCGAAGCGGAACUUGUCAAAAUACGCAUCCCUGGACACGACAUUCUCCUCCACGCGAGAAGCCAAGUUCAUCAGUGUCCUAGUGGACGCGAUGGAAGCCGGGGAUACUGAGACGUUUACCGCCGCAGUCUUUGAGUACGACCAGAUCACGAAGCUGGACAAUUGGAAGACGAACAUCCUUCUGAAGGUCAAGAGGUGCAUCCAGGAGGAGCCGGGCUUGACUUAGACGGAGUUCUGUUGUAGAGUACUUGUACCUAUUUUCCUGAGGCCAUUGUAAACAUACGUGCGGAUUCUGUGGAACUUCUAUUCGGACAACGCACACAUCGCAGUCCCCCCUC